GGGAAACUGCCCAUAUCUAUUGAGUUAGGUUUGUGGAUUGGGUUUGAGAGGAAAGGAUGGCCAUCUAAUUUGUUAGGGUUUUGAUUGGGACUCAUGAUUAUUUGAUGAUUUUUUUUUUUGUUGUUGUUUAAGAUUCCACCCCUUGAUUUUGCUAAUUUCUUGUGUUUGGUGGAUUAAGCAGAUUUGGGGACCAGGGGAAAAGGGAACCUGGGCUGUUCUUGAAGAAUUUAUGGGAGGAGGAGGACACUACAUGAUUUCUGUCUAGGGUUUCUUUUUGUGAUGGAUUGGAACAUAAAGUCAUGGGAUUGGGAAAAUCAGGAAUUGCUCGAUGGCAAGGGGACUGAGAGCUCCACCUCUUCCUCGAAACCAGGGGUGAAGAUUUCAGGGUUUGGUUUUGAUGCGGUUGGAGAUUUCUCAAAGAGCGUUAACCAGAACACUGAGUCUAAGUCUGGCCUCGGGGAGCCGCCGAUUGGCCUGAAGCUCGGAAAGCGAACCUACUUUGAAGAUGUUUGUGCUGGGGGCAACACCAAGAGCUCAACUUCGCCGAUCUCUCUGGCCCCGUCCGCCGCGUUAGUUAGGAAGAACAGGGUUACCCACCAGAGCGCCCUGAGUUCUAGGUGUCAGGUUGAGGAUUGUGAGGUUGACUUAAGCGGAGCCAAGGAUUAUCAUCGCAAGCAUAGAGUCUGCGAAAAUCAUUCCAAAUGCCACAAGGUGGUUGUUGCUGGUCAAGUGCGACGCUUUUGUCAGCAGUGUAGCAGGUUCCAUGAUUUGUCAGAGUUCGAUCAGAAAAAGCGGAGCUGUCGGAAGCGUUUAUCUGAUCACAACGCACGCAGACGCAAACCAGCGUCGCAAGUAAUCUCAUUCAGCUCUCCAAGACUCGCUUCACCAUUUUAUGAUGGCCAGCAGCAAAUGGGUUUUCUUUUAAAUAGAUACCCGUUUUCCAUUAUGAAGCCCGUGGCGAGCUCCACAUGGGAAGAACCCAAUGGGUUCAGCCUCACCCAUUUAAAAGGGGCUUGGAAUAAUAAGCCAACAAAAGCAGGAGACAUAAAUGGACAGCUGAAUUUUUCCGAUUCUGGCUCAUCAAGUAUCGUUCCUUCUCUUCACCAUGACUUUGACAGGCUCUUGCCAUUCAAAGGAACCUCAGUCCUCAGUCAAGGCGCAGAAGCAUGUACUCAUGCUUCAAACUUGGAUGGGAUGUCGGACAUCCGGCGUGCUCACUCUCUUCUGUCAUCUGAUUCUUGGGGUUCAGCGAACCCCGAUCAGUUAAAUACUCCACAUUUUGGAAACAUGAGCCACAACGGUGCACUAGAUGCUAACUCUUCGUCAUACUGGCAUACCCUGGCUCAACAGGAACAGGUUCUGGCAUUUGAAUCUUCAUUCUUCGACGCUGGCCAGAUGCUUUCUAAGCCAGAUGGGCAUUUUCUGGAGUUCAAGAGUUGAGGUUAGUCCUGUACUUUAAACCUGAAGUGAUUGAAUCUACAAUCUCAUGUUUUGUGUGUGUGGGAUAUUUGCGUGCAAGCUCAAUGUCGAUCUUAAUAAAUUUGUUGUACCGAAGAGACUUCAAGCAUUUUCGACGUCUCUUUUUAUUGCAUUACACUGCCCGAAGCGACAUACUUUUCUGUAAUAAUGUUUCUUGACUUAGUAUCUGCUUGUAUCAGUGUGUGUUAUAUGUAUUUCGCUGUUACUUGGACAAUGCUCUAUGAAGGCAUAAGAAUUUUGUGGGAAUUCAAUGCAUGCUUAGCCA